AUGACACAAACAAGCACACCAUUAGUAGAGAACUGGAUUGACAACGGAGCUAGGAAGUCGACCGACGACAACCUAUACGUCGUCCAGCACCCGAAUACCCACAACCAGCCACACGCUGUUGUCUCUGCAUCUGAAGAAGACAUCGACAGAGCAAUCACUUCUGCUCACUUGGCCUUUAAGUCAUGGAAGAAGACCACACAUGAUCAACGCAGGGAUAUACUCCUUAAAGCUGCUCAAAUACUUAGAAAGCGUAAAGAUGACGUAUACGAAGCUUAUUCUUCUGAGUUGGAUGUAAACCAUCACUUUGUAGACUUCCUCGUUGGCAUCACCUCGAGUAUGAUCGAAACUGCAGCAACACUCAUCAUUCCUUCACUCACCGGCGAAAUUCCACCUACGAAACGUGAUAAUGAAGCUUUAUACCUCUGCGAAAGAGAGCCACUUGGUGUUUGCUUAGCACUCGCUCCUUGGAACGCAGCAACAAACUUGUCUAUCAGAGCAAUCGUAAACCCACUCGCUGCUGGUAACACUGUUGUGUUCAGAACAAGCGAGACUACCCCAAAGACACACGCUAUCUGGGGUUCUAUCUUCAAGGAAGCAGGUUUACCAGAUGGUUGUCUCAAUAUCGUUCACACUUCACGUGGUAAUGCACCAGCCGUCACUGAGAGGUUGAUCGCAGAUGACAGAAUCAGACAUGUUUCAUUCACCGGAUCAACUAACGUUGGUAGACAAAUCGGAAAGCUCUCUGGAUAUCACUUAAAGCCAUGCCUUCUUGAGCUCGGUGGUAAAUGUCCGGUUUUGGUUCUCAACGAUGCAGACUUAAACUUGGUUGUCAACCAAUCACUCUUCCACGCUUGGGUCAACGCUGGUCAGAUUUGUAUGGCUACCGAGAGAGUUCUCGCCGGUGGAUCAACCUAUGACAAAUUAAUCCAGACAUACAAGGAUAAUGCCCCAGAGAAUGCAUCCUCACCGGUUGCCAUGGCAUCCUCUCAUCAACGUAUCGUAGGUCUUGUCGACGAAGCGCUCUCCAAAGGUGCUGAAUUGGUCAUUGGAAACUGGCCACCUUCAAAAGAAGACGUCGAGAGCCGCAAGAUACCUAACAUCAUACUCACCAAAGUGACACCAGAGAUGUCCAUCUGGACUGAAGAAACCUUUGGACCGAUAGCUAUCGUUGUCAAGGUUGAAGAAAAACAAGGUGAAAACGAGGAUGAGGCUAUUGUGAGAUACGCGAAUGAAUCACGCUAUGGAUUAGCGGCUAGUAUAUAUUCAAAGGAUAUAACACGCGUCUUGAAGCUCGCCAAGGAAGUUGAAGUUGGAUUGUUGCGUAUCAACGAAGGAACGAUCGGUGACGAAAGUGUUUGUCCGUUCGGCGGCUGUAAGGACACAGGAUUUGGAAGGUUCAAUGGCGUAGAAGGUAUUAGAGAGUUCACUCAAAUAAAAACUUAUUCUAUUGCUUUGUAAUUUAAAUAUUAAAUCUUGCUUUCUAACCGUC